CUCUCACUCGUUCUAUCAUCGUCAUCCUCCCCAGCGUGCUCAACCACUCUCGAGUCAUCUGCCUUCCCUUCGCCUCUCCUUCUUCCUCUCCUCCCUUUCUCGCACACUCUCCUUUUUCCCCCUCCCUUCCUCGUUACGGCAAGGGGUUAAUUUCUGCCUAUCCGCUCUUGGCUCCGCUUCCCCCAUCAUCGACUCAAGGGAACACCUAUUCUACAUCGUCGUGUCACACUCAUUUUGUAUGUACUGUCUGAGAAAGAGGUGACAAUACCUCCCGAGCGGACGUACAUUCCCUUUUCUCGACGUAUCCCGCUUUACCGGCCCAUCCUAUAAGCCUACGCAAGUCGUUGGCCCGUGUAUAUUGAGAGCCAUUCUGGAUCGGUAAUAUGGCGUAUUACGAACCCCAAAGUUGGCAGGCUCCCCUGCGCCAAACAUCCUGGGAGCAACCGGCUCCUCCGUCGCGGUCAGGCACCAGCUCUACCUCUCAGCGUGACGAUGCAGCUGCUUUCUCGUCGCAGUUUGACGAGGUGGAUCGCGCCAUCGACAACCUUGUGAAGAGCGGGAAAUUGUUUAAUGCUAUUCCUCGUCGGGACUCUGUACCUCUGAUGAUGAGCCGUCCCUACCCGGAUUAUGAUCCUCGCAUGAUGAAUGUAAUGCCCCAACGCCAUAGCGCCAUCGGAGACUACGAAUCACUCCGGCCUCACUCAGCAUCCAACGUACAAGGUUUCUAUGCUGCCCAACGUUACCAGGGCCGUCCAAACGAAGUAGAGCAGAUGAUGCAGGCGAAACGACGUAUGGCAGCGCAGCGUGAGGGAGAACUCCGCAAAUAUCACCAUCAGCAGCAGAUCCAUCGCCUUUCCUCCGAAAUGUCUGGAAACAAAUCCGAUCGUUCCAUGAGUCCCGCUGCGAUGAGCGAAGAAAGUCGACGCGAAUGGAUUGCACGCCAACGCCGUGCUUUGUAUGGCAAUGGUAGUCCUGAUUUCUAUCCUAAUGGUGGCAUGGGAGAGGAGCAUCACAACUCUCGCCAGGAAAACCAAACCUCUGGCAGCGCCACAACCGCUGCAGCCGGCGUACGAGGCCCUUCCCCUCGUGGUGUAGAUCCUUUUGGCCUUGGCCAAACCCAGGGGCAAGGUAACUCCGAAAAUGUUCCCCAACCUACACAGGGAGCGAACGCCAGACCAUCUCCUGCGGUUCCUCAAUCCCUGUCACCAACCAACAGCAAUGCCUCCCCUAGCUCCAGACCGACGUCAUACGGUAUUUUUGACACCAACCCCGGCCAGCAGCAGCAGCCGCAUGCGUCCGCCUCCCCUGGCGACGAGUCCGUCUCUUCUCGCCAGCUUGGUUCGAAACAAAAUGUCCCAUCUGUUGGGCCCAUCGGCUCUCGCCCUACCGUGCAGCAAUCUGCGAGCAGCCAAGCAGUUAAUGCAGCUUUGAACAAGCGCUCAACUACUCCACUUCCCUCUCCCUUGGGCUAUGGCUUCUCUCCAAAUGAGGCAGCGAACAACAAUACAAACACGAGCGGCAAUGGGAACGGGAACGGAAGUGGGAACGAGCGGUCUACUUCUUCUGCAUCCAACCCUUCAACCUCAACAAUUGCCCCGGCCUCUGGCUCGGGAGUGAAUGAAUCAUCUGGCCAUGUCGGUCUGGGCUGGGGCAAUGGAAGCGGCGUUUGGCGAUCGAAGAAUUCGUUGGGUGUCCAGGCGUCUGUCUGGGGCUAGAUAAGUGGAAAACUAGGCAUUUAUCAAGGGGGAGAAAGUACACCCCCUUCUCCC